AUGACUUCUGACGCGUAUAUCUUCAGACUGUCUACAGUCAAUCUUAAGUCCGUGUCCCAUCUGAGUAGGCCUAGGAACGAGCGGGCGCAGCAGUAUCUGUUCGAUGCCAAUGAGGCCGAGAGCUGGAUGAGCGAGCAGGAGCUCUACAUGAUGGUGGAAGAUCGGCGCAAAAAUGAGACAAGCGCCAGGAACUUCAUGAAGAAGUACGAAAGCCUGGAAGCGGCCGUUGAAGCUUAUGCGGACACCAUCAGAGGACUGGGUGUAACUGUAAAGACCCUGUCGGCUGAAGGACAUCCUGUGGCCGAGCAGGUCGCGGUUAAACAGUCGCAACUGGACAAGCUAUAG